AUGUCCUGCGGGAAUAUUUUAAUCACAGAGGAUGGCUUCGGCUUUGUGCCAAGGUCAAGGCUAAGGAACGUCGUAUUUCAUGAACCACGUCAAAUCGUCAGAAGAUAUACACUGACGAAUAAACACAAAGCGAUUGUCCGUUUGAUAUCCUGGGGCGCCAGUAUUCAAUCGAUCAAAAUCCCCAAUCGGGAUGGAAAACUGGUCGACGUUGUUCUGGGAUUCGACGAUAUGGAGGGAUAUUUGAAGGACAGGUAUAUGGGAAGUAUUAUUGGCCGUGUGGCCAAUCGCAUUUCCGACGGUCUGAUGAGUCUUAACAACGUGAUCUACCCUUUGUCGAUUAACGACGAGACCGGAAAGGACCAUUUCAAUGGCGGCGUAGUUGCCUUCGACAACGUUAAUUGGCAGUCGCAGAUUGUUAACAAUCGAGUGGUAGGUUCUUGUUUCUUUUACAUCAUAUUCUUCGACGAGGUGAUGUCGCAUUUAAGCCGAGACAGUAGGGAAGGAUACCCCGGUGAUCUGUUAACGCAGGUUAAAUACACCUGGACGGACGAUAAUCAACUUCAUAUUAACAUUCGCGCCACUGCCACAAAGUCCACUCCCGUUAAUGUCACUAGUUAUUGUUUGUUCAACCUCGCUGGACAUGGUGCAGGUCCGAAAGAAUUGAGAAAACACGUUCUCACGGUGAACGCCGACAAUUGGACUUUUACGGAUGUGCAGAACAAGUUACCGACUGGCGUCAUAUCUCCGGUCGACUGUACAGUAUACGAGUUGCGUUUACCAACUCAGUUGAACCGACGUCGAUUAUUCAAAGUACCGGGUGGCGGUUACAACCAUAAUCUGUGCAUCAAUAGCCCCAAUUACUGGUGUUAUCGUUUUCACGCCCGAAUUUUACAUCCUGCUUCCGGACGAUUUCUGGAAGUUUACUCGAAUCAUCCUGGUCUGCAAGUUUCUACGGCUAAUGAGUUGCCAGAUCCCGAACGCGUCAACAUCUGUAAUUUACAAGCUGAUUCUUUCUUAACGGUGAAUAUGAAAUUGAAGAUAAGAAAAUCUGAGGCAAUUUAUGGCAAAGGAGGUCUCCCUUAUUACCGUCAUGGCGGAUUUGCAUUGACGCCUCAGAAUUAUCCCAACGCUGUUAAUAUCGAGCAUUUCCCAUCAUGCGUCUUGCAUCCUGGCAAGGUGUACAUACACGAUAUGACGUACAAGUUUGGAGUGCUUUUCGAGGAUGAAAAUUUUUAAAACUAAAGUGGUUAC